GAAAAUAAUAUAAAAUAAUUAGCUAUACCAAGACUAGGGAUUGGAAAAAAUUAAAAUCUAUAUAGAAACAUGUAAUAAUGUAAAUAAUAUAGACACAAGAGAGUUUAGACCGCUUAGAAGUAUAAAAUAAGACGACCUGUAAACAACAUUUAGAAGAAAGUCUAGCAGUAAUAAAAACGACAUCAACUCCUGAUCAAGUCUGACGAAGACUAUCUGCAGAACAACAGUAACUACUAUUUUGCAAUGGAAACUAAGAUAAGUCCGCUAGUCAAUCCUGUUUUCACGCCAGUAAGCAUCAGCGACUUCAACAAUGUUCCGAAAUAUGAAAGAUCGCAUUACCACCACCCAUCUGCUACCGGAACCGGAGUCCAGCCGUACGGCUAUUCAAGUUCGUACGCGCACCGCAAAAGAGGCAAGAGGAGUAUAGCGCUCACUGCCCUUACUUUGUUGUCGUUCUUGUUCUUCUUGCAUAUUCUGCAAACCUGCAUCCAAGAGCAGACAGACAUGAUGAAUCCGCAGGUGAUUGUAAUGCAAGCUCGGAUAAGAGAAGCGCAGCGGAGAAAUGCGGAAGCCAAGAAAAGAAUCGGAGAAAACCAACCGCAGCGAGUAUUUUAUAACACGUCUCUAGCAGGGGAAGAAUCUGAACACUACAGUGAAAUGUAUUCUCCGUAUACCUAUAAUCCAGAGAGUUUAAACCUUUAAUUAUAAAUAAUAUUACUCAUAUAAGGCUGGUAUACAGGGUAAC